AUGUUUCUGCUGCCUAUCCAGGGACCACUCAUUUUAUUUUAUUUUCACCCCAUCUUUUCCAUCAGAUUCAUCAGCAAUCUGGAAUCCAGAAAUCACACAGAUGCUCCAGAAUUCUUUCUCCUGGGAUUGACAGAUGAUCCAAAAGUGCAGCCCCUCAUCUUCACCCUGUUCCUGUCCAUAUACCUAGUCACCAUUCUGGGAAAUCUGCUCAUAGUCCUGGCAAUCAGCUCUGAUUCUCACCUCCACACCCCCAUGUACUUCUUUCUUUCCAAUCUGUCCAUUACUGACAUCUGUUUCAGCACAACCACAAUCCCAAAGAUGCUGCUGAACAUACUAGCUCAGAAUCAGGGCAUCACUUAUCUAGGCUGCUUCACUCAGUUUGGCUUUGUCCUGGUUUUUGGUGUAUUUGAGAAUUUUCUCCUUGUAGCAAUGGCCUAUGACCGCUAUGCGGCCAUUUGUCAUCCCUUGAGGUACACAGUUAUUAUGAACCCCCAGCUCUGUAUCCGUCUCAUUGUUCUCUCACUGUUUCUUAGCAUUGUGGUUGCCUUGCUCCUCAGUCUGAUGAUGUUGCAGCUGUCCUUCUGCAAGGACCUGGAAAUCCCUCACUUCUUCUGUGAACUUGCUCAGGUCCUCAAGCUCGCCUGUUCUGAUACACUCAUCAAUAACAUCCUGAUAUAUAUUGUGACUGGCUUAUUUGGGGGUCUUCCUCUCUUUGGGAUCAUUUUGUCUUAUACUCAAAUUGUCUCCUCUGUUUUGAGAAUGCCAUCAGUGGAGAGAAAGCUUAAAGCUUUUUCCACCUGUGGGUCUCACCUCUCUGUUGUUUCCUUGUUCUAUGGGACAGCUGUUGGAGUGUACAUCACUUCUGCUCUUACUAACUCUUCCAGGAAGACUGCAGUGGCUUCAGUGAUGUACACCAUUGUCCCUCAAAUGAUGAAUCCCUUCAUCUACAGCCUGAGAAACAGGGACAUGAAGGGAUCCUUGAGGAAACUCAUCAGAAGGAGGGAUUCUCUUCUGUGA